UAUUUAUAAAUAAGAAAAUUCUCCACUUGAAUUACAUUAUUUUCAAUAUUCUCGAAAGAGUUAGGUAUUACAUUAUUUUUGAAAAUGUUAGUAAAAUUCUUCGCCGAAUUUUAAACACGUCUGAAGUAAUUCCCAAAACAAAAGUUUGUUAAUUCGUAAGACACAUAACCCGUUGCAAAAUCAGUAUAACUUUUCAAAACAAAAUUGGAGAAUUUUGAAAAAACUAAUGAAAGAAAAGGGAAGGAAAACUUUAAAAAUAAUAUGGAUGAAAAAAUGUGUGGCGUUGAUAGAUUAAAAAUUGACGAAAAAGAAUCGGAAUUAGGCUAUGUUUAUGGUGUAUCCGGUCCAGUUGUUGUCGUCGACAAUAUGCUUGGCUCAGCCAUGUACGAAUUGGUAUUCAUUGGAUUUGAAAAUUUAAUCGGUGAAAUAAUUCGUCUCAAUGGUGAAACGGCGACAGUUCAAGUUUACGAAGACACAAGUGGAUUGACAGUUGGCGAUCCAGUGAGACGAAGUGGAAGACCAUUGUCCGUUGAACUUGGACCGGGAAUUCUCGGCAGUAUCUUCGACGGUAUUCAGAGACCACUGAAAAAUGUUGACAACAGUCAUGCGACAUCAAUUUUUAUACCAAAAGGACAUAAUGCUCCAUCAUUAUGCCAAACGACGAGUUGGGAAUUUUCGCCGUUUUGCUUUAAGAAAGGUAAAAUUCUUUCUGGUGGCGAUGUCUAUGGAAUAGUCUAUGAGAAUUCCCUGCUGAAACAUCGAGUAAUGCUACCGCCGAGAUGUGUGGGUAAAAUUAAAUAUUUAGCGCCACGGGGAAAUUACACGGUGAAUGAAAUUAUUUUGGAAACAGAGGAUGAGGAGAAGAUUCAUCGUUAUUCAAUGACGCAAAUGUGGCCUGUGAGACAACCGAGACCAGUUUGUGAAAAAUUGCAGGCAAAUCGACCAUUAUUGACUGGUCAGAGGGUAUUGGACGCACUUUUUCCUUGUGUUCAAGGAGGAACCACAACAGUUCCUGGCGCAUUUGGAUGUGGAAAGACUAUUAUUUCUCAGGCUCUUUCGAAAUAUUCCAAUUCGGACGUUAUCGUUUACGUUGGAUGCGGAGAACGUGGAAACGAAAUGUCAGAAGUUUUGAGCGACUUUCCGGAUUUAGCAGUAGAAAUUGAUGGAAACAAAGAAUCAAUAAUGAAACGAACGAUUCUAGUGGCAAAUACAUCGAAUAUGCCGGUGGCGGCCCGUGAGGCGUCAAUCUACACAGGAAUCACGCUCUCCGAAUAUUUUCGUGACAUGGGAUACAAUGUGUCAAUGAUGGCCGAUUCAACUUCACGUUGGGCUGAAGCACUUCGUGAAAUUAGUGGACGUCUAGGAGAAAUGCCAGCAGACUCUGGAUAUCCCGCUUAUCUCGGCGCGAGACUAGCAAAUUUUUAUGAACGUGCAGGAAAAGCGAAAUGUCUCGGAAAUCCAAUAAGAAAUGGUUCCAUCAGUAUUAUCGGUUCCGUUUCACCUCCUGGUGGUGAUUUCUCCGAUCCCGUGACAAGUGCAACUUUAGGAAUUGUUCAUGUAUUCUGGGGACUCGAUAAAAAAUUAGCUCAACGAAAACAUUUUCCCGCUGUCAAUUGGCUGCUCAGUUAUAGUAAAUAUCUGAAAACUUUGGACAAUUUUUAUGAAGUACAUUUUCCUGGUUUUCAAGAUUAUCGAACAAAGGCAUUGAAAUUGCUUCAAGAGGAGGAGGAAUUGAAUGAUAUUGUUUAUUUGGUAGGCAGUACGACACUUACAGAUGGCGAUAGACUCGUUCUUGAAGUGACUAAACUACUCAAAGAAGAUUUCCUCCAACAAAAUGGAUAUUCAACGUACGAUCGAUUUUGUCCAUUUUACAAAACAUUCGGAAUGUUGAGAAAUAUUAUAACAUUUUAUGAUUUAGCUAAGGACAUUAUGGAAAAGACUAUGAAGAGUAGUCGACAAAUAACGUGGCGGAUCAUUAAGGAAACAAUGAUGGAAAUUAUUUAUAAAUUGACGAAUAUGAAAUUUGUAGAUCCCGCAAAAGAUGAAGAAGAUAGAAUUAUUGAAGAGUUUGAAUAUUUGUAUCAGGAAAUUCACAAAGCCUUUAAAUUACUCAAAAAUUAGUUAAUAAAUACUAUUUCAAUGUUUUUUGUAAUCAUAUUAUUUUAAAUGUGAAUCUAAAUA